AUGAGUGACAAUCGAGGUCGCGGACGAGGCGACCGUGGCCGGGGCGACCGUGGUCGCGGGGAUCGCGGUGGUGGUGAUCGCGGUGGAGCUCGUGGUCGCGGUGAUAUUCCUUUCCGCCCAGCUGGACGAGGCGAUGGUGACCGCGGUGCUUUCCGGGGUGGUGACAGAGGUCGUGGCGGUGAUAGAGGCCGUGGUGACUUCCGUGGUGGCCGAGGCGGCGGUGACUUUAGAGGUCGUGGUCGCGGCGAUUUUCGUGGCCGAGGAGACUUCCGUGGAGGUCGCGGAGGAGGUCGCGGUGGUGCGAUGAACCACGGCCCUCCUAUCUUCAGACAAGGAGAACCGGUUCCCCCGCCCAACGCCGUUGUCACCAAGACCGAGAAUGAUCUAGCCAAGGCACUUGCUGUCAGUGGAAAGAAGACCCCUCGCCAGGCGAAAUAUCCUGAGCGUCCUGGCUAUGGAACUGCUGGCAGACCGGUGACAUUGUAUGCCAACUAUCUUCCGAUCACUUUGACAAGCAAGCCACUCUCCCGCUAUCACCUUGAUAUCGCGGCCGACUCCGCGGGCCGAUCGGCUCCUGUUGGCAAGAAAGCUAGGCACAUUGUGAAAUUGUUGUUGAAUGAGCAUUUUUCGAAGGAGAAACAGAGCAUCGCAUCGGACUUCCGCUCGACUCUGAUCUCCACCGUCAAGCUGACGGAGGGCAAGUUCGAUGUGCGGUACAAGGAAGAUCUCGAUGAUGACUAUCCAGAAACUCCACGAGUGCAUGUUGUCACUCUCCAGUACACUGGCGAUGUCAACCCGGCGGACUUGGUCAACUAUCUGACCUCCACCAACGUCAGCUCGAUGCUUGAGUCCAAGGAAGAGAUCAUUGCUGCCUUGAACAUGAUCAUGGGCCAACACCCCAAGACUGAUGAUGGAGUCGUCUCCAUUGGUGCCAACAGACACUUCAGUCUUCGUCAAGACACCAUGGAAUCGUUCAAUCUCGGUGGUGGCCUUUCUGCGCUUCGUGGAUUCUUCAUCAGUGUGCGUGCUGCAACUGCCCGAGUUCUUUUGAACGUGCAGGUCAAGUACAUCGCUUGCUACAAUCAAGGACCCUUGGCCCACGUGAUUGGCGACUUCAGGAACAGGAACACCUACCGCCUGGAGAAGUUCCUCAAGAGCUUGCGAGUUCGCAUCACUCAUAUCGCCCGCAAGAAUAGCCGCGGUGAAGCUCGCCAUCGCAUCAAGCCUAUCCAUGGCUUGGCUAACCGCGGCGAUGGUGGAUCUUCUUCGAACCCCCUAAGGUCCCUCGCCACGUCUGUUCCCGCCGUACCUGGUGCCCCAGAGGCGAAGGGCAAAAAGGGAAAGAAGCCACCCAAGGCCGGCCCAGCCGAGGCCGGGCGCUACAUCACUGUAGCGGCUUUCUUCAAGAAGGAGUACAAUCUUGCAGUGGAUCCCAAUCUACCUGUUAUCAAUGUUGGAUCUCGUACCAACCCUGUCUACGUUCCUUGUGAAGUCUGCGAAGUCGAGCCUGGUCAGCCUGCCAAGUCUAAGCUCUCGGGUGACCAGACUGCAUCGAUGCUCAAAUUCGCCGUCAUGGGCCGUAAGCCUGGGCAGAACGCUCAGUCGAUUGUCACCCGCGGCACUGGAGUCCUAGGACUAGGGCAGCCAUUGAACCCCACUUUGACUGCCUUCGGGAUCAAUCCUUCCACUGAGCUUAUCACGGUUCCUGGACGUGUCCUCCCAGCUCCCAACGUCCAUUACAAAGAUGGCAACCGGACUAAGACAAUUCGGAUAACGGCGGGCAGCUGGAACAUGCGCGAUAUUCAAUUCUCCAAGCCUGCGUCAAUGAAGUCUUGGAGCUAUCUCUACAUUGACCAGGAAGGCGCCCGCCCGGUGUUCACCCACCCGGACCAACUCAACAAGUCCCUGCAAGCGUUCCGCAAGACUCUGCGCGAUAUGGGAAUGGCUGUCGACCCUCACAUGCAGGGUAAGCGCGUCGUUCUUACCGGUAAGAGCGAUGCCGCAGAUAUCGAAGCUGCCAUCCUCGACUUGCAAAAAGUCCACAACCCAGUUUUUAUUCUGGGUAUCUUCUAUACUAAGGACACUGGCAUCUACAACUGCGUCAAGCAAGUUUGCGACGUCCGUUGCGGUAUUCGCAACGUGAACGUUCUCGCUGAGAAAAUCGUGAACUCCAAUGACCAGUAUAAUGCCAAUGUCGGCCUGAAAAUCAACCUCAAACUCGGCGGUGCCAACCAAGCCCUCCAGCAGUCGGAUCUGGGACUCAUCUCUGAAGGCAAAACAAUGCUGGUCGGAAUUGAUGUUACCCACCCGUCUCCCGGCUCCGCCAACUCCGCCCCCUCCGUCGCGGGUAUCGUCGCUUCUGUUGACGCGAACUUGGCACAAUGGCCCGCUGAGAUCCGCGUCCAAAGCGCGCGCCAGGAAAUGGUGGCCGAUCUUGAGACUCUUCUCGUCUCUCGGCUGAACCACUGGCGCAAGAUCAACAAGAACCUCCCGGAGAACAUCAUCAUUUACCGUGAUGGAGUCUCGGAGGGUCAGUACAACACGGUGAUCGACAAGGAGCUCCCUCUUCUCCAGUCUGCCUGCAAGAAGACAUACCCUGCCGACCAAACCAAGAAGGGUCUUCCUCGUCUGGCCAUCAUCAUCGUCGGAAAGCGCCACAACACGCGCUUCUAUCCAACCUCCGAGCAAGACUCCAACCGUGACAACCCCAUCCCGGGUACCGUGGUGGAUCGCGGUGUCUCCGAGGCUCGCGACUGGGACUUCUUCUUGCAGGCGCACUCUGCCCUGCAAGGAACUGCUCGCCCAGCCCACUACUUCACCGUCUGGGACGAGAUCUUCUACCCCCGUCACCCUGCCAACUCUGGUGGCCCAGGUGCUGCAGACGUUCUGCAGGACCUUACUCACAAGAUGUGCUAUCUGUUUGGUCGGGCUACCAAGGCCGUUAGCGUUUGCCCGCCUGCUUACUAUGCCGAUCUUGUUUGCACCCGUGCACGUUGCUACUUGAGUGAUCUGUUCGACCCGCUUUCCCUGGAUUCUGGUGGUAGCACCAGUGGGACUGAGGGUACUGCGGACAUGUCGCGCAUGGCGGAUGUCGUCAUCCACCCCAACAUUGCAGAGACAAUGUUCUUCAUUUAG